CUGGUGUAGCCUAGUUAUAUGUAACUAGUCUAAAGCUAAUGAACUACUGAACUAAGAAAAAUGACAGAAUGAUGCAGCGUUGGGGCUUAUGACACUGCAGAGGACUGCUUAUAUUCUAACUAUUCAUAACUAAGCUUGAAUUGUAUUGGAAUAUUAUUCCGCCAUGUUUUCAGUGGUGGCAUAUGGAAGAGUAUUUGCAAGAGCGAUUGCUAACACACUCGCACAAGGCGAUUUAGAUUAUCUUCCAAUUGUGUCAUCCUGGCCUAUGCGAUUCACUUCACGAUUUUUUACUCCGCAGCCAUCAAUCGCCAAUGUAAACAAACCUUAUCCAUGUCACCUGGUAUCAGCUGUUUGCGGAUUUUCAAAACUAGAUUCUCCAACUAGAAAUAUAAGUCCGGCGUCAAAACCUGCCAGUGCUGCUUUAUUAGAUAAAAGAUUAUAUGGAGACGAUGCCUGCUUUGUUGCGAAACAUAACUCAACUGAUGUAUUAGGUGUAGCAGAUGGUGUUGGUGGAUGGAGAGCAUAUGGUGUUGACCCUUCUAUGUUUUCUCGAAAAUUGAUGGAAACUUGUGAAACUUUGGUUAGAAUGGGUAAAUUUGUGCCAAGCGAUCCUGUUGAUUUAUUAGCAAUGGGAUUUCAAGAGAUGUCUGAAAACAAAGUCAAUUUAGUAGGUAGCAGUACGGCUUGUAUAGUUAUGUUGGAUCGCUUGAAGAAAACGCUCCACGCAGCAAAUCUCGGAGAUUCAGGAUUCAUGGUUGUUAGGAAAGGGAAAAUUAUUCAUCGAUCAACUGAACAACAACAUUUUUUUAAUUCUCCUUUCCAACUUUCUAUUCCGCCUGUUGAUAGAAGGGGAGAGGUCCAUAGUGAUAUGCCUGAAGAUGCCGCAGUAUCAAGCUUUCAAAUUGAACUAGGAGAUAUAAUUUUAACAGCCACUGACGGUCUAUUCGAUAAUAUGGAUGAUCAUCUUAUACUAAGAGAAUUAUCCAGCAUGAGGGAUUUUAAAUAUGAAACUCUCAAGAACACGGCAACAAAAAUCGCAAAACAAGCACACAAACUUUCGUUCGACCCUGAUUAUUUAUCACCAUUUGCGAAACAAGCCAAGGAAAAUGGUUAUGACGUCACAGGUGGAAAGCCGGAUGAUAUCACAGUAUUAUUGUCAUUGGUAAGUGGGGGCUGAUGAGUUGCAAUAUAUUAAUUGAAAAUGGAUGUUGCACCCAAAAUGCGGAUUUUUUUCUACCAAACUUGAAGCCCUCUUUGCAUCUGAUCAAUGUUCCAGUGAAGAUUAUACUGAAAAUAGAGUUGUACUAGUAGCAAGAUAUUUAAAUAAGUAGACAAUCUUGAUAUAAAUUGGCAGCCAAUGAAUUUCAGUCCAUGCAUCUUAAACAAAUAACUGGCUAACUAAUCUCAUACCCGAUAUGGACUGAUAACUGGACAAGAUGUCGUGGUUCGCCAUAUUCAAGUCGUCUUAUCGCCUUUCCUCUGUCUGGGAUAAAUAUGUAAAUCCUAUCUUAUUCAAGUCGUAAUGGACAUAAUAAAUUCCAAAAAUCUGUCUAUUACUAGUAAAUAUAAACAAUGAACACAAGAAAAAAAGCAGUCUGCUUAAAACAAAAUGUGGCCCAUUCUGACCUAUACAACAAUAGGCAUUUUGACGAAAAGUUUUUGGUACUUAUCUAAUCUCAAGUAUAGACCAAGCUGGGUAGUUAUUUUACUGUCACUGUGAUUUACUUUACAUUCUCUCAAUGUUUGCUUUACUUUGUAACAUAACUAACUCAUUGAAGAUAUUGUCAGUCGAUGAUGGUUUUCGAGUUUUUUUUUUUGUCUGUUGAUUUUAACCAAGCACUAACCUGUAAACCAAAUUCCAAAUAACUUAUCUUAGUGUAAUAUACUAAGAAUAGGUGACUGAAGAUUUAUUUUUGUCCCGAGAAUGCACCCCUAGCAGUACGUUCUCCAGCUUUUCAUUUUAGGGGGGUGUUUCCAAAUUUAAGGGGUGGUACAUAUUUUGUUAUUAGUAAUAAAACUAUGUGUUAUGCAUUGGACUGAUAAUCUGUACCGGCACAUAGCCAUUUUCUGAAUAUCCAGAUAUGAUUUUACUAGUUAAGAAUUAGUAUUACGUUAAGUGUAGUGUCAUACCUCAAAAUUAUGGGGCUCACCCCCUAUAAGGAAGGGGUGUAGAGAGGUCACUGUUUCCUAUUCUCUAUCAUAUAGCAGCAACCAAUUUUCAACGAAAAAGAAUUUCUUUGUGUGAUGUUACAAGUUUGCUAAUUUGUGUAGUUUUGGCUUUGUACUUAAUGUCAGUUAACAAUAUUAUUUUCAAAAGUGAUUGCUAUGUGAAAUCUUUGUGGUAUUACUGUCCAAUUCUGGUAUAAUGGUGGUUACACACACUGUAUACAGACAAUUGUGUAUGCGCAUAUCCUUACAGUAUGCUGCCAAUAAUAUACCGAAAUCCUCAGUUUUAUCAAGUGAAACCUAUCAAGGUGUUUGUUGAAACGGUAUCUUUGCCAAGAGUUGUAACCAAUAACAGACUUUGCUGGUCUUGUAGCUCCAAAAACAUGAUUGGGUCCGCUGACUUUUAAACAUUGUGAACCUCCUGAAUCCAAAACCAGUUUCUUCCAUGGAGUGUGUUCUUAACAUGUGUAAUGUAGCAUUAAAACUACAACAUUUCGUGGUUGGAUAAGUUUUUUUCCACAUUGAUUCGACUUGUUUAGUAAAUAUAACUAUUAUCUGCUAUCUUUGCUUAAGUGUUUUUUUUUUAAUUCGUUUGUGUUUGAUUAUUGGAGGAUAUUUUGACGUCUCCACUAGUGUACAUUGUGUCCAAUCUUGAGAAUGUAACAGUUAGAUUUUUAUAACAAGAGUUGUAACUUUUUUGAAUCCCAUUGCAGGGGGUUUGACAUUACUUCGAAAAAGGGUUUUGUGACCGGAUCUUCAAAAAUGCCCAUUCAGUAAAUGCCGCUUUUUUGUAACCUCCAUUCUUUAAGCAAAACCUAAUUCAAAAGUUGCAGAGCUUAUUUCUCCUUCUGUUAUCCUUCAAUCAUGUCAUACCUUUACCGGAUUCUUGCGGACUUGAUUUUCCUUUAUUUAUAUUGUUAAUAAAAUUUGUACAACACUUC